AUUUCAUCGAGGCGCGCAUCUCGAAAGUUGUUCGUUCGUUGAUCGUGUGCAUGUGUGUGUGCGUUUUUCGAAUUGAUUUUGAUCAAUCGUGAGCGUCGCAACGCUUUAGUGAAUGGUGAUUGUGUAAGCGCGUCAUGUCGGACCAGCACCGCGGCGCUUGGGGCGACGCCAUGUGGUGGCCUGGCGUCGUCGCCGCCGCCCCCGACCAGCAGCUGCAGCACCACCACCUGGUGCAGCAGCAGCAGCAUAUGCAGCACCACGACCCCACCAGCACGGGCCCCCAGACCACGCACCACCAGCUUUUCUCCUAUAAGAUGGCCGGCAGUUUUCAGAGUCCCGCCACCACUGCCGCCUCCACGACGGUGCGCGCCUCGAAUUACGAUUAUCGGCUGGCGGGCGGAAACCCGCCCCCGGGGGCGCCGCAGACGCCGCAAACGCAGCAGUGGUGGUAUCCUCCCGUUACGAUGGACAAUGCUAUGCAUGCCAUGCAACAACAAACGCAACAAAAUUUGCAACAACAGACUAUGCCACCUGUACAGACUCCCCCUCCCCCGCAAACAGAAAAUCAGGCUAGACAAGAAGACGCCCAGAGGCAACAACAACAACAACAGCAGCAGCAGCAGCAGCAACAACAGCAAGAAGCCCAGCAAAGGCAUCAAGAAGCCCAGCAAAGGCACCAGGAAGCCCAACAGCGGCACCAGGAGGCCCAGCAGCGGCACCAGGAAGCUCAACAGCGACAUCAACAGGAGGUGCAUAGACAGCAGGCUGAAGCACAACAGGCUGCUAUCCAACACCACCAUCAAGCAAUAGCUGAAGCUCAGGCUCGGCAACAACAACAGUUGCAACAGCAACAUCAACAACAACAGCAACAGUUACAUCAACAGCAGUUGCAGCAACAGCACCAACAACAACAGUUGCAGCAACAACAACUGCAACAGCAACAACAGUUGCAGCAAAACAACCACCAUCAACAACAGCAUCAGCAGGUGACGAACGUUCUAGGACAAAACCAGAUCAAAGGCAGAAUGCCGCGCGCUAAAGCCGAUUCAAGGCCUAGAGGCCGUAUGACAGCCUAUGCUUUCUUCGUUCAGACAUGUCGGGAGGAGCAUAAGAAGAAACAUCCAGAGGAAAAUGUGGUCUUUGCCGAGUUCUCCAAAAAAUGCGCCGAGAGGUGGAAGACCAUGUUGGACAAAGAAAAGAAGCGUUUCCACGAGAUGGCGGAAAACGACAAGAAGCGUUACGACGACGAAAUGAAAAACUACACUCCUCCCAAAGGAGAAAAACAAAGGGGCAAGAAACGAAAGCAAGUCAAAGAUCCUAACGCUCCUAAACGUUCCUUGUCGGCAUUUUUCUGGUUCAGCAAUGAUGAACGCGCCAAAGUUAAAAGUCAAAAUCCUGAAUUUGGCGUCGGCGAUAUUGCGAAAGAAUUGGGCAGAAGGUGGGCUGAUGCCGAGCCCGAAAUGAAGAGCAAAUAUGAGGCUUUGGCUGACAAGGACAAGGCCCGCUACGAGAAGGAAAUGACUGCAUACAAGAAGAAGAACAUGCAGCAGCAGCAGCCAGCGCAACAACCUGCUCCACAGGCCCUCCCAGUACCUGAUAACGAGGAAGAGAACGAUGACGAUGAAGAGGUGGAAGAGGAUGAAGACGAGUAAACGAAUCGCAGCGGCGAUUCGACAUUUUUUCAUUACCUCGUCAUUAAAAAAAGUAAUCGCCUUCAUUCCUUAUAAAUGUACAUAAUGCAUAUUAGCAGUGUCCUCGUGUUCUCAUUUAUGAUUAUAAUGAUUAUUUUUUUAAAUUACCUGCGUCUGAGAGAGUACUUACUGUAUGAGUGAACAAAUCGCGAAGUGCUCCAGUUUUUUUCUCAUCGUCGCCGUGUAAAGUGUUUUAUUGUAAUUUUCUUCGUUUUUAUUAUAGAUUUCUGUAAUGCGUUGAUUCAUUAUUAUUACCUCAAGCAAAUUCAAUCAGCAGCGAUAAACUAACAACAAACUUUUUUUGAGUAAUUGGUGGCCCCAGUUGAGUCUUAUUGAAAUUUUAAACGUUUGUUGGCUGCCCUGUUAAUUUAUUUAUGCUGUAGUUUUUAAGUUGUAAGUAUCUCUAGUAUGAAAUGAAACCAUUACACCCCGAAUAAUUAAGGCAGAGCAGAAUAUUUUUAUUAUCAUUUGACUUGUUAAAGUAGUUGUGUUUGUAACCAAAGUGCAGUGUUGACACUGUUUCGACUGCCCCAAAUGGACAAUAUUAAAUUUGGGUCCGUUCAGUUUGUUUCUCAAUUCCCACUGUACCGUAACAAAUAUGAGGGAAUGUAAAAUGUGACGUGAAAUGUUCAAUAUUGUGUACCGUUUCAGUUGAUGAAAAUUAAUGUCGGGUCCAUUUAAUGGACGCAUUUCACUUCUCAUUAUUUUAUUGAUUGCUCUGUGUUAUUUUAGGGAGAGAAAUAGCAAAGUGUUUGUUUUUUAUAUCUAAUAGGAAUAACUAAAAAAAUAAUAAAAUUUUGAUUAAAAAUGUAA